AUGGAAGACUCCAUCUUCCUCUCUCAAAGCAAAUAUGCCAAGAAUAUUGUCAAAAAGUUUGGAACGGGUAAUGCUAGUCACAAAAGAACACCUGCACCUACUCAUUUAAAGUCAUCUAAAGAUGAAGGUGGCACUAGUGUUGACCAGAGUCUGUACAGGAGCAUGAUUGGAAGUCUGCUAUAUCUAACAGCUAGCAGACCAGAUAUUGCCUUUGCAGUUGGAGUAUGUGCUAGAUAUCAAGCAGAACCCAAAGUAAGUCACAUAAAUCAAGUCAAAAGGAUUCUCAAAUAUGUGAAUGGAAUUUGUGACUAUGUUAUGUUGUACUCUCAUGGGUGUGAACCUAUCUUAUUUGGGUAUUGUGAUGCUGAUUGGGCUGGAAGUGCUGAUGAUAGAAAAAGCACAUCUGGAGGGUGUUUCUUCUUGGGAAACAAUCUCAUAUCAUGGUUCAGCAAGAAGCAAAAUUGUGUCUCUUUAUCUACUACUGAAGCUAAGUACAUAGCAGCUGGUAGCAGCUGUUCUCAACUAACGUAG